UCCCGAAGCGUAUUUUUCAUUUCAUAUUGAUUUUUUUGUGUUUUUUUCUCGUUGACAGAACAAUUUCUUCACAGUGACAUUCUGAAUCCUGUUUACUGAGCAUCGAUUUAGCAUUUUUACGCAAGUGGAGGCAAAGUCGCUUAACACGAUUUGGGCACCACAUUUGUGACAUCAACCGUUGCAUGUGAAGGCAGCACAAAACGUUUGUUACUCAGGUUCAAAUACGGAGCGGAAAACGAUUGACUGUGAAAAUCUAACCCUGACAACUUGAGACGAAAAUUUUGAAGAGCGAACCCUUGAAAACCAAAUCUUGAGACGGAAACGUUUGAGGAAAUUGGUCAACAUUUUCGAGCACACAAUGCUGGGGUCGUCGUGCGUCUGGCAGCACCUGCUACUGACGGCAGCGUUGGCGGGGGUGUGGGGCGCUGGGGCCAUGGAGGCCGCGGGGCCCAUCGCUCCCUGUGAGGAGGACGGCGCGCGGGUGGCCGACCGCGCCUCCUGCACCCGCUUCCACUUGUGUCGUCUUGCAGACAACGUCUUCGUUACAGACCUCAUGGUCUGUCCUGACGACAUGGUCUACGACAUGGUCUCCAGCGCAUGCGUGGAGUCGGUGAGCGGAUACCUGCAGGACCCGGCCAGCUGCAACACGUUCUACGGCUGCCACCGGACGAAGGAGCGCAGUGAAGGGUUCGUACGUCACCACUACGCGUGCGCGGGACAGCUGCGCUUCCAUCCCGGCCUCAGGUUCUGCACCUUCAAGACCAGGGUUCCCGACGACAUGUGUAACAGCCCAAGCUCAGAACAGACCAUCAUCGGCACUGAUAAAGUCGCUCGUCGAGAGCACUCCGUCGAGAUGAAAAUGGCCAGAACUGCCACUAUUGAUGACGCAGUUACUGACAUUCCCGCUGUAAAAGCCUCAUAUUCUGCCUACAAAAAUACGCCAGGUAGUAAAUACGUGGAACUCGUAACAAGAGACCACGACAUCCAUGGCAAACUCUCAGAAGGCGGCAUGCCAUCCACCGCGGAAGCAAUAACGAGCGACGAGACGCUCACCUCCGAAGCUGAGAUCAGCAAAAUCACAGAGGCGAUCAGCCAUCAGCUGCUUGGGGACACACGAGACGAUAAGGAGACCACUGACCACUCCUACAUGACCACCACUGUCAGCAAGAGCGUAUCUCAAGCACCUGAUGAGGGAGGUCACCAAGUCGGGACAGACAUCAACACCUCGGCAACGUACGGCCUAGCAGGAGACACCCCGGCACGAGAUGAGAACUCGUCUCCCUACGACCUCAUGAGGAGCUCCGAGACGCCGCCGCAUGACAACGGAAAAGACGCUGAAGAAGAAUAUUUUAAGAAAAGAAUUUCAAUGAAAUCCAAACUCAUUGAUAUGGUGCCGGUCAUCCGUCCAGGCCAACUUAGUGCGACGUCUGGAAGCCAAUCUCCCUACAACUGGGAGGCUGGCGGUGACUUCUCCUCGUACGACAUGGAUGCAGUCAACAACCAGUCGCCCUUCAGUAUGGGUGUUAUAACAGAAUGAUGAAUGAGGUGCUACAGUGGUUGGCAAAAUGCAACUAACAUUUAUUGUGGCAAAUUUUCGAUGUCACCUUUCAGCAUCCUAAAAGAUAGCAUCGUGUAUGUACAAAGGCGACGACCUUAUCGUGAAGUAUGGAAUUAUAUAUUAUAACUAAAGAGCAGGCGUAUGAAAUCAAUAAGCUGCAGGUAUAAUAAUCCACUUUAAGCCGAGCCUGCUUAGCGCAUUGACGGUUGAUAUCAAACUUAUAAUUGGCACUUCUUCUGCAGUAGCAACUUUUCUCCUCACAAUUUUCGCAGCAUUUAAUCCAGGGUCUCUUCUUCACGUCUUGCUAGGAAAGGACUUGAAAAUCAAUAUAUUAUAGUCACGGGGCUUCAUCAUCUUCAUUAUACUUCGCGAUUCCUCUUUAACCUUAACAUUUGUUUGAAUCUAUUCCUCAUUAAUACAUUAAUUACAUGAUACUACUCGUAGUUACCAUUUAAUUUACAACGCGAAAUUUAGAAAAUUAUUCAUUACAAAUAUUUUGGAAUAACAUCUGU